ACAAUUAAAUUAAAGGUUGAUCAAAUAUUAACGCAUCAAAAACUUCCUAACCACCGUUCUAAUCGGCGUAUUGUUGUAUCGUUAUAUGACCAGCCAGAACCUGUAAAAUACGAAUUCUAUAUCCAAGAAAUAUUCACUUACAGGAAUGUGUACUAUUCUUUAAAAGACAUGUAUUUGCAGUUUGGAAAUAUGCUAUUGUCUUUUCGAAAGCUACUUAAGAAUAGUUUUCUAAUUGGAUUUGUUUCAUUUGGGGCGAAUUUUGAUGACUUUAUUAAACCAGUACUUGAAGAAAUAAAACGUUUAGAACAUGGUCUCAUCAUGCAAACAAUAUAUGGUAAUGCUUGGAUUAUAGGUGGUAUUAGCUGCAUCAUGGCUGACCUGUCACAAGGUAAUGAUCUUUAUUAUAGGCUUUCAUCUAACUGA